AUGACCACCGCCUUUGUGCGUGUUUCUGGUCCGCCGAACAGUAACUUCCUCGUUGGAUAUCCUGGAAUCUCGGCAACUUCUCCGCGCAUAGAGGGCAAAGUCGAGAUACGUCCGCUACUCGGUGUUUCCGCUCCUGUUCAUGUAUCACUGGUCACCGUCUGCCUACAACGGCGCGAGAGCAUUCAUCCUUCAGCCGACACAAUAAAAGGUCAUCUUGUCACAUCAAAUCGCAGGGAAAUCAUAGACAUAGUUGGCAAGGAGAUGCUGUUGUAUCGCGCUCCCUUGGGUCGUGAGAGCGAAGCCAUUCUGUCCAUGGAUCUCCCGUUUGUCAUAUUUAUCCCAUACGGCCGCGGCGGUGAAGAAAUGGCGAGACGAGUACCACCAGCGAGCUUACAGUUGGAUCGUCGCGCUGCCGAAACCUACUACGAAAUUGUCGUCACUGUUCACCACGGCGCAAGCGACCAAAAGAAAUACCCCUUUCCUGUACCCAUUGCGAGAUACGAUACCUUGUCGACCUUUGGCAUGUACAAUCGACCAGAAAGCGCCGAACGUGUAGUCGACCACCUUGUCACACUCGCCAUUUCAUUACCACGCUGGUCUUAUGGUCCUCUUGAUCCAGUCAGCGUCUACAUCAAAUUAACACCAAAUCCCGAUAUGCUUAGGAAGGCUAUGAAGGCUACAGUCAAAGCAAUCACAAUGAGCAUUGAAGAGGAGGUCAUAUACAACCAUCAAGGAGAUGAACCACAACGCAAAGCAAAAACGUUGGCUUCUUCCACCCAUCGAGUAGGGAUUAAGAUGCCCGAAGCUGGCUAUUUUACAAACUUGGGUCUUGUCUUUCCAGCUAGAGAUUUACGCAAUUCAGAAGGCAUCUUGCCUCGCCAGAAGCGAGAAUUUCCUCUUUACGCUGUAAGCGGCUUUACAACCACCGGUACUCUGUACAAGAUAGAGUAUUAUCUGGUGGUCAAGGCCGUCAUGUCUGGUGCAAAAGACAUAAUGAUCCGUCAACCGAUCGUUGUCUGCCCGUGGGAUCAUGCUGGCUGUAAAGAAGAGAUGGAAGCCAUUGAACAAGCUGCCAAAGACGCCUACCACAUCUCUCCCGACAACCCAAUGCUACCUGCUUCUACCAUCGUAAGAGCCUCUGAUGCCAACGGUCUCAAAAGUCUAGGCAUGACCAUGGUCGGAGGUCACAGGAAACCUCUGAUUGAAUGA